GCACAGGGUCUGGCUCCGCGCGGCUUAGGGUCCCUCUGGGUCGGGUAGGCUUGUGUGCGGGGGAAGGGAGCGGGAAGUCCCGGGAAUCUCUAGGCGAGCCCUCCCCUCCCCCAGCCCGCUAGUCCGGGCAGGUCCGGCCCUGCCAGCUCCAGGGGUGCAGGUGAGGCUGAACCCUUGUCUGGAGGAGGUGUUUGGUGCAGGCCAGGUGCGGCGUCGAAUGCAUCUUUAUAACGUUCUCGAUGAACAGGAGGCUGCUAAUAGUUGCUUGUGCAAUUAUUCUGAGAAUUAAAUAAGGUGUCAUAUGCAAAAUAUUUUGUCAAGUGAUUGUAAUAAUCGCUGUGUAAGCUGCUAUCAUAAAACACUUUAUUCCCCUUGGUAUUUCGUUUAACCCUCACAAGUCUACUUGUCUUUAUAAACAUGCCAUUUUUUUUUUAAUGAAAGGAAUUUCAUGUGGGUGGACUGAUACAAGCUGGUAGGUGAGAGAAUGCAAAUACAAAUAGAUUCUGCUGUCUCUCUCUUGCUCUUCCUGAUAUCCUUCCUGCCCCAGAUCCAGAAUUGCAGCCUGCGGAGCUCAUGGCAGCCUGUCUAUAAAUUUCUAGGGACAUGAUUGUGAAAUGAAUGCGAACGGAAUCUCUCCAUGUGGGAAAUAUACACAGAGAAGCCAUCACAGACUGUGACAGUGGACACUGUGGACCAGCUUGCAGAAGGUGGUGAUCUGAGGUUGAGAGGGAUGGCUGAGUAUCAGGCUACACAGGAAAAGGCACUUUAUUGAAUGGCUGCUGAACCUUCACAGUUCUUUACAUUUUUCCGGGAGCAGUAGAAAAUGAACAUAGCUCAGUUUGUUGUUACAGGGAUCUGUGUCAUUCGAAGAUGUAACUGUGGAGUUCAGCCAGGAUGAAUGGCAGCAUGUAGGCCCUGCUCAGAGGACCCUGUAUAGAGAUGUGAUGCUGGAGAACUACGACCACCUCGUCUCAUUGGUUGUUACUUUUGCAGGGUAUUGCAUUACCAAACCCCAGGUGAUCUUCAAGUUGGAGCAAGGUGAAGAGCCCUGGUCCUCAGAGGAAGAGUCCCUAAAUCAGAAGUACCCAGGAUAUUACAGAGUUGAUGUCCAUAUUGAGGAGAACCAGGAAAAACAAGAGAAACCUCUGUGGCAAGUAAUAUUCAUUGAUAACAAAAUAUUGAGUAAAGAAGGACAGAAAGUUUUAGAGAAACCAUUUAAUCUCAGUAUAACUCCAGAUGUUUCAGGAGAAAUGCCCUCUAGAUGUGACUCAUGUAGAAUGAAUUUACCAGUUGUUUCUGAAUUAAUUAUUAGUGAUAGGAAUUAUUCACGAAACAAGACUGACUACAUAAAUUUAUGUGAAAAGUUGCAGCUGGAUAUUCAGCAUGAGAAAACUCAUACUGGAGAGCAGUCUUCCAAAUAUGAUAAAAAUGUGAAAGCUCUCAGUUAUGUGAACGAUCAUCAUAAAUUUCAAACUAUGGAGCAAUCUUUUGAAUGUAAUGAAUGUGGAAAAGUUUUACAUGAUAAGACUGUCUGUGUUACAGCUAAGAGUUCACUAACAGGAGAGGAAUCCUGUAAAGAUAAUGAAUUUCGGGCAAACUGUGCUAAAGCAACUCUUUUUAAUGAAGUUCACAUGUCUGUGACACACUAUGAAUGUAAUGAAAGUGGGAAUAACUGCAGGAGGAAUUCACCCCUCACUCAGCCUCAGAAAACUGUUACUGGACAAGGUGUCUUUGAAAGCAAUAAGUGUGAAGAAAACUUGAGCCAGAGUUCAACCCAUACAGUACAUCAGAAGACACAAACUAGAAAUAAAUUCUGUGUUUAUAAUGGAUUUACAAACACCUUCUGCCAGAAAUUAGACCUUAUAAUACAUCAGAGAACUCACAAAGAAGAGAAAUUGUACCAGUGUGAUAAAUAUGGAAAAUCCUCCCAUCAAAACUCAGCCCUCAUUGUGCAUCAGCAACGUGACACAGGAGAGAAGUCAUUUGAACUUAAUGAAUGCAGGAAAUCCUUUUACCAGAAAGCACACCUCAUUCCGCAUCAGAGGACCCAUCCAGGGAAGAAACCUUGUGAAUGUGAGGAAUGUGGGAAAUCCUUUUGUUCAAAUUUACAUCCUAUUCAUUAUCCUGGAACUCAUAUGGCAGUCAAUCUCUGUGAAUGUAAUGAAUGUGGGAGAACUUUUGCUGAUAAUUCAACCCUCAGAGCACAUCAGAGAAUUCAUGUAGAGGAGAAACCCUAUAAGUGUAAUGAAUGUGGGAGGUGUUUUGCCCAUUUAUCUGUUCUCAGAGCACAUCAGAGAAUUCACACAGGGGAGAAACCCUUCAAAUGUAAUGACUGUGAGAGGUCUUUUGCCCAUAAUUCAGCCCUCAGAGCACAUCAGAGAAUUCACACAGGUGAAAAACCAUAUGAGUGUAGUAACUGUGAGAAAACUUUUGCCCAUAACUCCACCCUCAGAGCACAUCAGAAAAUUCACACUGGGGUGAAACUCUACAAAUGUAAUGAAUGUGGGAAAACUUUUUCCCAAAAGACACACCUCAGUACACAUCAGAGGAUUCACACAGGUGAGAAACCCUACGAAUGUAGUGAAUGUGGGAAAACCUUCUCCCAGAAAUCAUACCUCAGUGGACAUGAGAGAAUUCACAAAGGAGAAAAACCUUAUGAAUGUAGUGAAUGUGGGAAAACUUUUGUCUAUAAGGCAGCCCUCAUUGUCCAUCAAAGAAUUCACACAGGAGAAAAACCCUAUAAAUGUAAUGAGUGUGGGAAAACUUUCUCCCAGAGGACACACCUUUGUGCACAUCAGAGAACUCACACAGGGGAGAAACCUUAUGAAUGUAAGGAAUGUGGGAAAACUUUUGCAGAUAAUUCAGCCCUCAGGGCACAUCAGAGAAUUCACAAAGGGGAGAAACCCUAUGAAUGUAGUGAAUGUGGGAAAACUUUCUCCAAGACGUCACAUCUCAGAGCACAUCUGAGGACUCGCACAGGGGAGAAACCCUAUGAAUGUAAUGAAUGUGGGAAAACUUUCUCCCAGAAGUCAUAUGUUAGUGCACAUCAGAGAAUUCACACUGGGGAGAAACCUUAUGAAUGUAACAUAUGUGGGAAACCUUUUGCCCAUAAUUCAACCCUCAGAGUACAUCGGAGAAUUCACACAGGUAUAAAAUCCUACAAAUGUAAUGAAUGUGGGAAAACUUUCUCCCAGAAGUCACACCUUAGUGCGCACCAGAGAAUUCACACAGGAGAGAAACCCUAUGAGUGUAAUGAAUGUGGGAAAGCUUUUGCCCAAAAUUCAACUCUUGGAGUACACCUAAGAAUUCACACAGGGGAGAGACCCUACGAAUGUUAUGAAUGUGGAAAAACCUUUGUCCGUAAGGCAGCUCUUAGAGUACAUCACACCAGAAUGCACACCAGAGAGAGAACCCUUGCAUGUAAUGAAUUUGGGAAAUGCUAAAGGAGGUUAUACCUUACUAGGUAAUGCACAGUAGAAGAUUAUUGUGUGUUGCAUAGACUGGCAAAUUAUUUUCUUUAACUGUUUCCUUUUCCACUGGGCACAUAGCUUGUCUUAGUUUCUCAAUCUUUCCUUCAUCUGGAUGGGGCUGGUCAUGGAAUAUGAUGCUAUUACAUUUAAGUAAUAAGUAGCCUUAAUAAGUCACCUUACAUUUUUCCUGUCCGUGUUAUAAUACUGAAAUUGAGAGAUUUCCAUGGCGGACUUGGGUGCUAUGUAUUCAAUAUGGUAGAGCACAAUGUUAAAGAAGCUAGAGUCAAUAACUGGGUGAAACAGUAUUCCACUAACAGAUCUUCACCAAUUGUUUUUUGUUUUUUUGUUUUGUUAAGCAAGAAUUAAGUUUUUACUUUGUUGAGCUCUUACAGAUUUUGGUCUGUUGAUUAAAUGCACAUAGCUUAGCCAACUCUCUGUUAGAAUUGGAUGAAACCUAUGAAUACAAUAAAUGUCAGAAGACCUAUAAGAAUUUAACCUAUCGUAUAUCAGAGACUUUACGUGGGGAAGAAAACUUCUGUCAAUAUCCUGAAUGAUCAGAAGGCUUCAAUAAAAAUCAGAAAUCUCAGGGAAAAACACAAAAACACAAAAGUCUUUUCUGCAGAGUAAACUUUAAGCAUCAAAUAGUUAAGAUUAGACUAAAAUCUUAUAUUUUGAUAAAUUGAUAAAUGACUUUUUUUUAACAAAUACUGAGUUUGCUUCAGAUAAAUGUCUUCUGAGGGAAUGUAUGAGUUUCAGAAUUGAAAGUAAAAUUCUCAGCUACAACUGAUAUACCAAAACUUGUGUUUUACAUGUAAUAUCAAAUUUUAUAGAAACUGUAUAAGAAUAUGUUUACCUAUACACAGACUCACUGGAAUGUGAAGUUUUUAAGAUGGAGGGAUAACUUGAAUUCUGUGGACAACACCAAUAAAUGUUUGACUAGUCUCUGAGCUAUGUGGUACAUCUGUAUGAGUCUGUGUAACAGAGGAUUCAUUGUUGCUGCUGAGUUCUAGUAGAAGGCAGCAGCCAAAUCUGCUCUGGACCUGUCUCUUUGCUUAUUUUAAAUGACAGUUUAUGUCCUUCUUCUCUUGGCUUUGCUGUAACAGCUUGAUGCUAUGUAUAUGUAUCUAAUAUAGCCUACCUGCUAUAGCUGAUAUUAGUCUGGCAUUGUUUUUCUAG